UCGAGCUGCUGUGAUGAUGAUGAUGAUGAUGAAGCUGACACUUCUUCUUCUUCUCCUGGUCAUUUUCGCUGAAGUUAUCUCAGGAAUUCAUUAUGUCACCUGCCUGAUCAAGUCAGUCCAGGGAGAAGAAGGUGAUGAUGUUCUGCUUCAGUUUGGUCUGGAUCCAUCAGUGGACUUGCUAGAUCACAUCCUGUAUGUUAUCAGAGCUGACCUCGGGGAGGACGUAGUCCACUCUUAUCGUUACGGAAAGGACGAUACUGGUCCACAGAUGUCUCAGUACAGGAACAGGACAAUUUUCAUCUAUGAUCCGAGCAGAAGGAUCCUGGUCCGGCUGAUCUCUGCAAAGAUGUCAGAUAGUGGACAUUAUGGCCUGAUCAUCCCAGAACUGACACAGAGUUGUACCAUCAAUGUUACUGUUGUGGAAAAAGACCAAGACAACAGGACAAACACAACGAUCAUCGAGCCAGAGAAACGUGGAGCUGAGGAGAAUAAGAGGGUUGGUGCCAUUGUUGGUGGUGUUCUUGGUGCUCUCAUUGGUCUUGCUCUUGUCCUCAUUCUUAUCGGAGUCCUGGUGAAACGUAGAAAGCUCCAGAUUAGGAAGAAGACGCCAAACACCUUUGAACUGGAGAAGCUGAGGACUCGAGCAACAGAAGGAGACGAUCACCUGAACAGAGCUUCAGGAAACGGUUCAGGAAACCUCCUGCAUGAGGUGCUGGUUGGUGGCCUGAGGCCUGUACCAUGAAGCGAGGUUACUGUCCUAUCAGAGGAACUUAGUGACUCAGGUGUAACUUUCCAGUUAACCUGUACUACUACCACUGGUUAACUCAGUGUUACUGGUGUUCCUUCUACCUGAGUACAGCCAUACAGGUUGAAGAACCAAUCAGCUGAGAGGCUGACUCUGUAGGAUGGGGGUUGGUGACCAGGUCAAUUCAGGAAGAUUGUUUUCAGUAAUUAAAAAUGAAAGUGUCUGAACUCACUGUAAAUAACUCUGACUGACAUUAGAGCUGAAUCUGAAUCUGAAAAUGUAUAAAUCAUGUGAAGCAAUGGAAGAGAUUUUUAAAGCAGUGGACUGAGUUUAGAUUUCCUGUUUUAUAUCAGAUGAAAUGUGUCAAAAAAUCCUGAAGUAACUCAUGUUGUCGUCAGGUUUAACCUUACAAACAGCAGAGUCCAUGUUAAAGUCAGCUGGAAGCUUUAUUUCCUCUGCUGUGUGGACGGUGGAUUUUACAGUGUUUUUAUUUAAGUUUCCUCUUUUCUCAUCCACCUGGAACUUUAAUGUAUUUUAUUGUGUGUGCUGCACUUUAAACCUGAAUCAUCAUAUUCUUAAAUGAUUUAGAGACCGCAGUGGUUUUUUUUU